GUUAGUAUGUAUUCUUUCUUUUGUUUUAUUUUUUUGGUGAGAUAAAUUAGAUUUUUUUCUUUUCUUCAGGUGUUGCAGGAGUUGGCAGUAUGACCGCUGAUAUGAAGGAGCGAAAGUGUGAAAGUCUUUUCUCCUUCAAACGGAGCAACAACCGUUAUUCAUUACAUCUAGAAAAAAACUCAAAAAAGGAUGAUGUUCAGCUCAAAAGAGCAUCCUGGUCAUCUUUUCCUCUCCUUAAAUUUGCUUCAUUUGACGACAAAGGUUCCCGAGAGUUGCCAAAUGUUAAAAGUCAAAGCAGUGAAGACAUUAAGCGCCGGGAGAAUAUUGGCACACCUAAAAUCGGAUGUAGCUUCCUCAGAGGAUCGAAUGCAAGCAUAAGAAGUGUAAUUUCCAGUUCUUCGUCUUCUUCAUCCUCCACAUCAAGCCCAAGCAUGAGUUCAGGCUCGAGUGGGAAGAGUUCUAUCACCAGUAUUUUGGAAGGAUCGGUUUCUGAUAGCCACUACGAUUCGUGCAGCACUGUAGAGGAUGUCCCUUAUCUCGGUGUCCAACAACAGCAGCUCCUCCACAGAGAUAGUCUCUCAAGAAGCACUAGCGAUGUUAUCCCAUUUGUCAGACACAGUCACAGGAGGAGAGAGGAGAGAGGAGCAUCAUCUGUGCCAUCAUUAUUUCAAGAAGAUGAAGUAUCCGUUACUUCUCCUAAAAUAAUAUAUGCCCAUAAAAAGACACCAGAUGUUAAAAGGAAACUUAGAAAACAGCUUGUACAAGAACUUGAAUUUGUAAAAAGGAACGGAUCUUUGCCUGAGAAUUUAGAAGUGAUCCAGUCAAAAUUAUGUAACGAAAAGGAGAACGUUAUCCCAAGGAGCAGUUCUCAGAAACAUGUAACGAAACCAAAAUCAAGCUUUAGAUUUAUGCAAAGCUAUAAGUUCCUGAAUAAAUUAGAGAAUAAAGGUAACAAGAAAUCAAGGAUGGAAAAAGAAAAACGAAUAGAAAUGACUGACACAGCCCCAUAUCAGGGGGAGCCGGACGUGAGGGAGAACCCCAGAGAUAACCUUAAGGCCGCGCUCUUCGAAAAUCUCACGUCCUCUCACAGCAGUCUCCUUGAUGCGUGUGAGGAUCCCAGCACUGAAACUGUUCCUUACUCUGUCAGCGCAUUUCUCGCCAGUGAUCUGGUUGGCUUUGAAGAGGGUGAUAUUAAUUUUGGGGUUAUAAAUGAGAUUAUAGAAGAGGAAGAUGAUAGUGAAUGUGAUUUGAGUGGAUUUAUGACAUAUGCAGAAGAAAGCUAUCGAUUUGAACGCCGGCUCGAAGACAAAUUAGAAAUGCUUGAUUAUAGGGAGGAAUCCAACGACAAGAAAAAUUGCGAAGGAGAAAUAAGUGAGGGAAAUAUCAUAGGGAUUGGAAAUAGACAAAAUCUUGUAAAGAGAACAGAAAUGAAGCUCAAUCUUGUUAAGCCUCACAACAAGCCCUUGAAUCAGGU